AUGGCCAUUCUUAAUAUGAAGAUACUCUCGUUUAAAACCUACAGAAAAGUAGAAAGCAUUCCUUUUUCGCCGUUUACAUGUAUUGUGGGACCAAAUGGCGUAGGAAAGAGUAAUUUGGUUGAUGCACUAUUAUUUGUGCUGGGUGCAAGUCCGCAUGAAAUUCGAGGAAGUCUCCCUGCCAGAGACUGUCCGCCCCCAACACAGAUUGAAAUUUCCUUCCGGAAUAGAAAUGGAGCCAUUAUCAUUCUAAAGAGAGAGCUUGUUAAUGAGAUAUCUGCCUUUUACAUAGACGGCAUGAAGGUGUCUUUUUCUGAGUAUGCAGCGUACCUGGAAAGCCAUAAUAUUUCAACAACACACAGGAACUUUCUUAUCUCGCAGAAUGAAGCACUGAUAAAAUCUCCAAAGGAACUAUCUAGAUUCAUUGAUGCAAUAUCAGGCUCAUCUGCCUAUAAAGAGAUCUACAAAGAACUGAAGGACCAGAAGGAUCUCCUUACAAAGGAAUAUAGGGAGGUUUUAGAGAGAAAAAGGGCUGCAGAAAUAUCUGUUAAGGCGUAUGAAGAAGUGGUAGAUAUGCAAAACAGACACCGUACACUCAUUGCAAGAAGAAGGACUUUGGCGAGUUCAAAGAUAAAAAAGAGAAGGGCACAUGUGCAAGAAGUAAGAAAAGGCCUAGUAUCCAGGCUUAGCACAAUUAAAGGAAAGGAGAACAGUGAGUCAUUGCAAGGCCUUCAUAAGGAAAUAGCAGUGACUCAGGCAGCUCUUAUUAAGUGCAGAGCAAUUAAGGCAGGAAUUGAGCACAGAAAGGAAAAUAAAAACCGAGAAGCACAAAGGACACACAGUGCAGAUGAAAAAGAGACAGAAUUGCAGAAAGUGAAGGAGCAAAUAAGUGAAGCAAGAGCACAGAUUGAUGACUGUGAAUGGCGGAUUAAAAAGACUGAAGAACUUUCCCAAACAUAUCCUGGGUGGAAUGAAAAGUACCAAAGGGAUGUUUUAGUCCAGGCACUCACACAGAUCCAAAGAGUAGAAGAUUCAAAGAGUAUUUUGCAAAUGAAAAUUCAGUUGGAAGAGAUAAGAAGGGAGAUAAAGGAGACAGUGCAGAAGGAAAGAGAGCAAAAGAGCAUAGAAGAUAGUGAAGCAGGAAGCACUCAUUUGGCUCAUCUAAACCAAAGUCUUUUGGAGACUCUAAAAGAACUCUCCAGUAGAGUAGCACACAGCAGGGAUGCAGAUUAUAGUUCACGGCUGGGAUAUCUUGUCUCCAGAAUUAAGGGAAGCAUUCCGCAGAUUGUUGGGAGACUGGGUGAUCUUGUUAGUUGCACAGACUCAGCAUACCAAACAGCCAUUAAUGCACUGAUACAUGCAAAAAGAAAUAUCGUUGUAAUAGAGCAAGAGAAGCACGCACUUCCAAUUCUUAAUGGACUGUCACAGUCUGGGGCUGGCAGAGUGACUAUUCUGCCUAUUAAUCGACUUAGUUCAAGCACUCCCAAGCAUCCUUGUAGUGAGAAGGAAAAUGAAGAUGGUUCUUUCUAUUCAGAGAGUGAUACUCCAGUAGGAUAUAUCAGAUGCAGUGAUGUAAUUAGACUAGUGCCUUGUGUGAAAUGUGAUUCAAGCAGGCUUAUUAAUUAUAUAUGUGGAAGAUCACUUAUAUAUCUUGGCACUGGGUCUCCUAGUUAUACUGCAGAGAAGGUUGUCACUCUGGAUGGAGUAAUUAUCUCUAAAGAGGGAAUGGUCCGGCGAGUUGAUGUGCAUGGCUCUGAGAGUGCAGUCAGGGGUUUGGAAGAGAAAAGAGAUAGGCUCCUUGAAGAGAUAAAAAUGGAAACGCAGGCGCAGAAGACAGCACAGAGAGAGAAGAUUUCUGAUGAAAAAAGUGAAGCAGUAGAAGCACUUGAGAAGAAGUAUAUAGAAGCAAAGACAGAAUUAUCACAGGCAGAGGCUGAAAUAAAGGAGCAGAUCGACAAGAUAGUAGCUAACUCUCAAAUACCACACAGCAUAAUCAAGCAGGCAAAGGAAGAGGGAGUAAUUGACUCUUCAUCAGCGCAUAGAAAGGCAGAGCAAAUAAAAAAGAAAGAACUCUCCUGGAGAAAUAGACUGGAUGUUCUCACUCAGACACUAAGCAGACUGGAAAAAAUACCAACUACCUUGGAAGUAAGCACAGAAGAAAGCACAGAAGGCAUAGACCAAGAUAUAAUGGGAUUAGAGCAGAAACUAGCAGAACUAUCAGGAAAGAUAGAGCCAUCUGCAGAGAUAGAAGUAAAGGUGAUUAAGGAGCAGAUUCUUGUGCUGGAUGAUGAGAUCGAAGAGAUAGAGCAAUACAUGGCAGAAGAGGGCUUGUCUGAAGAGACAAUCAAUGAAGCACCAGACUCAGUCGAUGAAGAUGACUUGGAGAAGCUUGAAAGAGAAAUUGCAAGUCUAGCAGGAUUUCUCUCAAAAAAAGGAGUUGUCUCAGAGACACACCAGAUGUAUGCCCAGCUGGAAAAAGAAGCAGAAGAGAAGAAGAAUAUGCUAUCUGAAGUAACCAAAGAAUUUCAGAAAGUAAGAAAGGAGAGAACCUCUCUCUUCCUUAGUGUAUUUGACAGAAUAAAUACACUAAUUAAUCAGCACUAUGCCAGGCUCACAGAGAAUCCUGCAGGACAUGUUCGUGCGCAUCUGGGGCUUGAGAACUCAUUAGAGCCGUACCUGGCAGGAAUACAGAUAUUUGUGAUGCCGACAGGAAAAACAUUCAGAGAGGCUAAGUAUCUGUCUGGUGGAGAGAAAACAAUGGUUGCUUUGUCUUUGCUGCUUGCUGUGAAUUCCAUAUACCCUUCACUCUUCUACAUAUUCGAUGAGCUUGAUGCUGCACUGGAUAAAGACAAAAUAUGCUCUCUUAGGGAAUCACUGCAAGAAAUAAACGCGCAGUUUAUUGCGGUCACCCACAGAAUUGAGCUAUUUGAAAAUGCAGAUACUCUAAUAGGGGUUGCCCGCCCACCAAAAGGCCACUCCCAGAUAUUCUCUCUUAAGCUUUAG